CUGUUUUAUAACGGAGGAGGAGGCGUGUUUCACUCAAAGACAUAAACCCGGGUUAUAGCUCCCUUACCCGGGCUGUAGCGGUUAAACCCGGGUUGUAGCUCCCUUACCCGGGCUGUAGCGGAUAAACCCGGGUUCAUCCGUGUUAAAAUGUCCCGGGUUCUGAUAGUCGGAGCGGGCCUCACGGGCAGCUUGUGCGCAUGUCUGCUGAGGAGAGAACUGCAGAAUAAAGUUCAGAUUGUGGUGUGGGACAAAGCGAGGGGCGCAGGGGGCAGGAUGUCCACCAGUCGCCCCCCCGACCCGUCCUCUCAGUCAGCUGAUCUUGGAGCUCAGUACAUCACAGCCACAGCGUCCUACGCCCUGUCUCACCACAGUGUUUACUCGGAGCUGUUGACCUCUGACCUCCUGCAGCCUUUGGACUGUGUGGUUGAAGGACUACAACAGAGAGACGGCAGUAAGAACUACAUGACGCCACUGGGCAUGUGCAGUUUGGUCAAACACUUCCUGUCUGAGUCAGGAGCUGAUUUGUUCUUUGAGCAUCAUGUGACCGCCCUCUACCGACGUGGUGCAUCAUGGGAGGUCCAGAGGAAGGCAGGAGGCAGUGACACGUUCGACGCCGUCGUCCUGACGAUGCCGGUUCCUCAGAUCCUGCAGCUGGAGGGGGACGUGGGCCAGAUCCUGUCUGUCCAGCAGAAGCAGCAGUUAGACGGGGUUGUGUACUCGUCUCGUUUCGCCAUCGCUCUUUUCUUCCCUCCAGGAGUCGUGUUCAGUUUUCAGUGGGCGGUUCGAUAUGUCGCCGACAACCCGUGUAUCUGCUACAUCGCCGCAGACUCCCGCAAACGCAACGCAGACGCUCCGGGUCACGGUCCGUCCCUCGUCGUCCACACCAGUGUCCCGUUCGGCCUGCAGCACCUGGAGGAAGACAAGGAGGACGUCCAGCCAAUCAUCUUACAGGAACUCUACAAGCUGCUUCCUGGUCUGCCUCAGCCAAUCAGCAUCAAGUGCCAGAAGUGGAGGUACUCGCAGGUGCUGACCUCGGUGCCGGACUGUCCGGGUCAGAUGACCGUCCUCGACCGCCCGCUGCUCGUCUGCAGCGGCGACGCCUUCACGCACUCCAACUUCGACGGCUGCGUGGAGUCUGCACUGAGCGUGCUCAGUGUGCUGAAAGCCUCGCUGUGACGCCGCCGACACGAGAGGAAGUGACUCCACCACAAUAAGAUAGUCAAUAAAAGUGAUGGAUUAUAUUUCAUGUGUUUAAUGAAUAAAUGGAUUUCUGAAUCGA